AUGGCGUCGCCGAGAGGAGGCGACGAUGAUCCCAGCCAUCUGGCGAACGAGCAGCAGGCUGCUGACGUGGCACCCGCUGGAGAGCAGUCCUCGAUGGAUGCGGAAACCCCCGCGGCUGCGAAUAAGGAGUCGAGCGCUAAGGGCCGCUUUGAGAAGGGGAAGGGGGGUGGCUCGCGCAAAAAGCGGGAUCCGCCAGGGACUAUCGGCGGAGAAGGGGAUGGCGGAGGAGCUGCCCAGAUCUCAGGGGAAGUCGAGGAAUUACCACGGACAGUGGUGCGGAGAAUCGUUAAAGCCAAAGUGCAGGAGGUGAUGCAGCAAGGGGGAGGUUUGGGAGGGGCGAGGGGCGCAGCAGGCGCAGGGGGGGAGGGGUCGGGGCGGAAGAAGGAAGUGCAGGUGGCGAAGGAUGCGCUGAUCGCACUGUCGGAGAGCGCUAGGGUUUUCAUCCACUACCUGACUGCUACAGCGAAUGAUGUGUGCCGCAGCAACAAGCGGCAGACAGUGAGCGCUGCCGAUGUGCUGGCCAGCAUUGAAGACAUUCAGUUCCCGGAGUUCCUACCUGCUUUGCAAUCCACGCUGCAAGCUCUGAGGAAUGAGAAGAGGGAGAAACGAAAAGGGAAGAUGGAGAAGCGUCUGAGAGCCGUCAUUCUAUCCACAUCCAAGAACGCAGCACCUAUGGAGUUGGCCAGUCGCUCUGCUAUUCGGUUCUGA